CAGAAAAAAAGGGAAAAAGGAAAACCCAUCAAUCUCUCUCUCUCUAAAGAAAUGCUCUAAAGCAUUAGAGCAUUUCUUGGCAUAAAAUUAUGCAACUAGUAAUUGGGAAUCUGCUUCUGCUAGUUCCUUGUUUAUUAAUAUAUUAGGAUAAGCUAAUUGUUGAUUGUUGGUGUUAGAUAUUGAUUCCUUGAAAUAUAAACAAAGUUACUCUAUUUAUUUAAAUAGAGAUUUGUCAGCUUUCUUCUUUUUCUUUUUGUUGCUUAAUGGUUACUCGAAUUCAGUUCAAGAAAGAGAUGCUUACUUAAUAUUCUGUCUGUAUAUUACUAUAUUUUACUUGUUUUUGAAAGAAUACAUGGAUUUUUAAGAUUCAAUAAAACCAAAAACAAUCUCUUCCUAGUACCCCUUUUAUUGGCUUUUGUCUACAGUUUAUACUAGAUUGCUGAUUUCAGAAACUUUUUGUCUGUGCUCUGCUGCUCCUGUAGAAAUAUAACACUUUGAAGAGAGAAUUUAUUUGUGGAUCCUCGAUCAUGGCCAAGAGGGAGGGAGUAAAUGGGCUUCCACAAGGGCAUGAGGCAAGCACAUCAACAGGCCAUGAAGAGGAGGAGAAGAAGUCUAUCAUAAAUGGGAAAGGGAACCCACAAGAUACAGAGCAGAGCAAAGGAGAUGACAAAACUAAUUCAGUUCCAUUCUAUAAGCUAUUUUCAUUUGCAGAUCCAACAGAUAUUAUAUUGAUGAUUGUUGGUACAAUUGGUGCUGUUGGUAAUGGGUUAUCACUGCCCAUUAUGACAAUAUUGCUUGGUGAUACUAUUAAUGCCUUCGGACAAAACCAAAAUAACCAAGAUGUGGUAGAAGUAGUUUCUAAGGUGUCUCUAAAAUUUGUCUACAUGGCAGUAGGGACUGCCGUGGCAUCAUUUCUUCAGGUGACUUGUUGGAUGGUCACAGGAGAAAGACAGGCUGCAAGAAUAAGGGGUUUGUAUUUGAAAACUAUAUUGAGGCAAGAUAUAGCAUUUUUCGAUAAGGAAACAAAUACUGGAGAGGUUAUUGGUAGAAUGUCAGGUGACACUGUUCUUAUACAAGAUGCCAUGGGAGAAAAGGUUGGGAAAUUUAUACAGCUUGUAUCAACAUUCGUUGGAGGCUUUGUAAUAGCAUUUAUAAAGGGAUGGCUUCUUACCCUUGUCUUGUUGUCGUCUAUUCCCCUUCUAGUGAUAGCAGGUGGAGCCAUGUCCAUCACAAUAUCUAAGAUGGCAUCCCGUGGACAAACUGCUUAUGCAAAAGCAGCAACUGUAGUUGAGCAGACUAUUGGCUCGAUCAGAACUGUUGCAUCAUUUACUGGGGAGAAGCAAGCUAUAAGUAAUUACAAGAAGUUUUUAGUUACCGCUUAUAAUUCAGGUGUUCAUGAAGGCUUCGCUACAGGAUUCGGUCUUGGCUUUGUAUUGUUGAUAAUAUUCAGCACUUAUGCUUUGGCAAUAUGGUCUGGUGGAAAGAUGAUACUGCAUAAGGGAUACUCAGGAGGUGACGUUCUUAAUGUGAUGCUUGCUGUGUUGACUGGUUCCAUGUCGUUGGGGCAGGCUUCUCCUUGUAUGAGCUCAUUUGCUGCAGGACAAGCUGCAGCAUAUAAAAUGUUUGAGACUAUUAAUAGAAAGCCAGAAAUAGAUGCUUCUGACUUGAGGGGAAAGAUAUUGGAUGACAUUCGUGGAGAUAUAGAGUUCAGAAAUGUAUAUUUCAGUUAUCCGGCCAGACCAGAUGAGCAAAUAUUUAGUGGGUUCUCUCUUUCGAUUCCAAGUGGCACAACUGCAGCUUUGGUUGGACAGAGUGGAAGUGGGAAGUCAACAGUAAUCAGUCUGAUAGAGAGAUUUUAUGAUCCACAAGCUGGUGAAGUUCUUAUAGAUGGCAUAAAUCUGAAAGAGUUUCAGCUAAAGUGGAUUAGGGAAAAAAUUGGACUUGUCAGUCAGGAGCCUGUGUUGUUUACAGCAAGCAUUAGGGAUAAUAUUGCAUAUGGUAAAGAUGGAGCUACUAUUGAUCAGAUAAGAGCUGCAGCUGAACUUGCCAAUGCCGCAAAAUUCAUUGAUAAACUACCUCAGGGACUAGAUACUAUGGCUGGUGAGCAUGGAACUCAGCUAUCUGGUGGACAGAAGCAAAGGAUUGCAAUAGCAAGGGCCAUUUUAAAAGAUCCAAGGAUUUUACUUCUAGAUGAAGCCACAAGUGCACUUGAUGCAGAAUCUGAAAGAGUAGUUCAGGAGGCAUUAGAUAGGAUUAUGGUCAAUCGAACAACUGUAAUCGUUGCUCAUCGUCUUAGUACAAUUAGGAAUGCCGAUGUGAUUGCUGUCAUUCAUCGUGGAAAGAUGAUUGAAAAAGGCUCGCAUUCAGAACUACUUAUGGAUCCUGAAGGAGCGUACUCUCAGCUUAUACGUUUACAAGAGGUAAAUAAAGACUCAGAACAUGCAGCAGACGACCAUAUUAGACCAGAACGUUCAUCUGAAUCUUUCAGACAAUCGAGUCGGAGAAUUUCACUACAUCGAUCAAUUAGUCGGGGAUCAUCUGGAGUUGGGAAUAACAGUCGCCAUUCUUUCUCAGUAUCAUUUGGUUUACCUGAAGAGCAAGAAGUUUCUACUCAAGAAAAAGCUCCAGAGGUCCCACUCAGCCGCCUUGCAUAUCUCAACAAGCCUGAGAUUCCGGUGCUUGUAAUUGGAACUAUAGCUGCCAGUAUCAAUGGUGUGCUAUUUCCAAUUUUUAGUAUACUACUUUCUAGAGUGAUUAAAUCAUUUUAUGAACCACCUCAUGAAUUGCGAAAGGAUACAAGUUUCUGGGCAUUAAUGUUUGUGAUAAUUGGUGUGGUAUCACUUUUAGUAGUUCCAUCACAAUAUUACUUCUUUGCUGUGGCUGGAAGUAGACUAAUUCAACGGAUCCGAUCCAUUUGUUUUGAGAAGGUGGUUCAUAUGGAAGUGGGUUGGUUUGAUGAACCUGCACAUUCAAGUGGUGCAAUUGGUGCUAGGCUUUCUGCAGAUGCAGCAAAAGUGCGUGCUCUAGUUGGAGAUGCACUAGCUCAGUUGGUUCAAAACAUUGCGUCAGCAGUAGCGGGUCUAGUUAUUGCCUUCACUGCAAGUUGGCAAUUGGCCUUAAUUAUUCUUGUAUUAAUUCCUCUCAUAGGUGUAAAUGGAUAUGUUCAAGCAAAGUUCUUGCAAGGGUUCAGCAAAGAUGCGAAGGUUUUGUACGAGGAAGCAAGCCAAGUUGCAAAUGAUGCGGUAGGGAGUAUAAGAACUGUUGCCUCUUUCUGUGCAGAAGGAAAGGUGAUGCAACUGUACAAAAAGAAAUGUGAAGGCCCUAUGAAGACAGGAAUAAGGACAGGGCUUGUAAGUGGGACAGGAUUUGGAGUAUCAUUCUUCUUGAUGUAUUCUGUCUAUGCUAUCAGUUUUUAUGCAGGAGCUCAACUUGUCAAGCAUGGGAAAACAACAUUCACAGAUGUUUUUCAAGUUUUCUUUGCAUUAACCAUGGCAGCUGUUGGAAUUUCUCAAUCAAGUUCUUUGAAUCCUGACUCUGCCAAAGCCAAGAGUGCUGCUGCUUCCAUAUUUUCAAUCAUUGACCGAAAGUCAAAGAUAGAUCCGAGUGAUGAGUCAGGAACCAUAUCAGAGGAUGUGAGAGGAGAAAUUGAGCUUCGUCAUGUAAGCUUCAAGUAUCCAUCUAGACCAGAUAUUCAAAUAUUCCGAGACCUCAGCUUGGCAAUUCAUUCUGGCAAGACCGUGGCCUUAGUUGGAGAAAGCGGAAGCGGGAAAUCAACAGUCAUUUCGUUGUUGCAGAGAUUUUAUGAUCCUGACUCGGGUCAUAUAACUCUAGAUGGUGUUGAAAUUCAAAGUCUCCAGAUUAAGUGGUUGAGACAGCAGAUGGGGCUCGUAAGCCAAGAACCAGUACUGUUUAAUGAUACAAUCCGUGCCAAUAUUGCGUACGGAAAGGAUGGGAAUGCAACUGAAGCAGAAAUUAUAGCUGCAUCAGAGCUGGCCAAUGCACACAAGUUCAUUAGUAGCUUACAACAGGGGUAUGAUACUGUUGCAGGUGAGCGAGGUGUCCAAUUGUCGGGUGGGCAAAAACAAAGGGUAGCCAUUGCUCGAGCAAUAGUAAAAAGUCCAAAGAUACUGCUAUUAGAUGAGGCUACUAGCGCUCUUGAUGCUGAAUCUGAAAGAGUGGUUCAAGACGCAUUAGACCGAGUAAUGGUGAACAGGACAACAGUUGUAGUAGCACAUCGGUUAUCUACAAUCAAGAACGCUGAUGUUAUUGCGGUGGUUAAAAAUGGAGUUAUAGCAGAGAAAGGAAAGCAUGAGACUUUGAUCAAUAUCAAAGAUGGUGUUUAUGCUUCUUUAGUAGCACUUCACAUGAGUGCCUCAACUGCAUGACCUACUACCCAUUUUUUCAAAUUCAGCAAUUAUAGUUUUGGUGGAUGCAACCCCUUAUUUACAAAAUGUAAUUUAUAUUCUUUUUCUGAGAAACGUAUACUGUACUUCCAAAUAAAUAACCAGAUCCUACAUUGAAUUGAAUGCCAAUUUUCUCAAGCA